CCUCAGUCAGUCUUCUGUGCAAUUUUGACCUGUACGGCAGCGUGCUCAAACGCUUUUCGACACAAAUUUUCUUGUUCCGCCAUUCAACUUUCCAAAACACACAAAUCGCCCCUCGUUAUAGUCCUCGGAACCCCACGGGAAAUCCCCACAAAGGAAACGUAAGACGGCUUUCACGUGUGUUUCGAGUGCGGUUUCUUCUAUCCGUGUUCGUACCAAGAAAGAUUUCAUCGGAGAAAACGAAAUCUAAUUACCUGAACCACCAGCCAACGGCACUCAACUUAGAGUCCUGCUCAACCAUAGUCGGAGAUUAUUGGCGGUAGUAGUAGCUGUGUCAUCAGAGGUCCAAUUAUUAUUGGCACAUCAAGUAAACCGAAUUGGUAAUUGAUUUUCGUUUGCUAUCUCCUCAAUCGUCAAACGCUCGCACGUUAUCACAUCAUCGCCGUUGCCGUUCUCUCCAGUCAAUGUACCUUGAAGAACCGGCUGGAUCGUGCUCGACAAUUUGGGGGUUGUGAAUUUUUCAUCAACCUGCGUUGCCACGGGGUAAAGAAGCUGUUACGUUGUGUGUGUUGAACGCAAAGCAGCGACAGCAUCUAAAUUGCAGAACUAGCUCUGCGUGUUGUUUUUACGAGAUAUCUCACAUGAAUAUAAUCAUUAUUUACACAAAUAAGUCGGAUAGCAGCAUCUAGUAGUGAAGUGAACUCGUCUUUAGUGAUUCAGAAGCACCUAUCUGUGUGUCUUAGUAGUUAAGUGCAAUAGUUGACAUAUUUUCUAGUGAAAUUAGAUUCUUUCUCGUACGUAGCCGCAGUCAGUGGGUAUAAACAGUCGAAUUAGUGUUACUUGCGGUUUAACCGAAAGCUAAACAGUUUGAAGCAAAACUCUGAAAUUAAAUCAUUCAAGAUUGAUAGCAAUCGAUAAAGACCACCCAGGAUUUUAUCAUCGCAAAGGGAAUACUUCGGAAGCAACCAUUUCUCUGUGAACCACCCAGCGAACCAUUCCUUGACAAUCUAGGUUUCAUUUCGUCACAGAGUUAAAAGCAAAGAGACAAAAAGAAAGUUUUAUAAAUAGGCAAUAACGGGGAAAGAUAAUAGAAGUCCCAUCGGCCGCAUUUGGACAAUUUCCAGCUAAGAGAGCAUUUAUUUUUAACGGGAAAAUAUAAACUCCUAAAAGGUCCAUCGCUGUUUCCGUGUCUUCUGUCCGCCCAGGCAGGUAAAGUAAAAAGCGACAGCAAGCGCUGUGAAUUGUGACAACGUGAAGUGUUGUAAGUGGAACGACAGAAGUCGUCUUAGCGGGAGUCUGUCAAGCCGAAGAUUCUUUGGGAACGACACAAAAAAGCGGUGCCAAAAUUACAUCCUGCCGCACACGUGUUGCCUGUACCGCUGGAAUCGCUGAUCGAGCAUAAGGCUUCUCAAUAGCAAGACAACGAGGACACGAAGGCAGAAUUUUCGAGUACUGAAAAACAGCAUCCCAUCGUUAAGAAAGGUCCUUUUUGAAAAGGUUCAAUUCUUUCCUUGGCGUUUCGUAAAAGCGUUUUAAUUUACUUAAACCUCCGGCGAGAGAUAACCGGUUAACAUUCACACACACACAUACAACCCUUAGUGAGAAAGAGUACAACAGUGCAAAAGUGAAAGAAGAGAAGAAGCUACAAGAGUGCAACGGUGUGUGCUAAAAAGAGAAGAAAUAAUAAGUAAGAAAAUUUACGUCUCGCUCCGUGAAUCAGCGAGCAAAAGUUUCGACGAAAUUUUAAAUUAAUCAAGUUUUUCGCGCGCGAGGAGCAAUCCAGUGAAAAGAUUCUCGAUCCAACAGUAGCAGCAGCAGCAACAGCAGUAACGGCAACAGCAAUAGCAACAAUGGAGGAAGCCAAGGCAAAGCUUACCGAAAUCAACCUGUCCGAAGACCCGGCGGUGACGCUGACUAUCCGACUCAUCAUGCAGGGCAAGGAAGUCGGCAGCAUAAUUGGCAAAAAAGGCGAAAUUGUCAAACGUUUCAGAGAAGAGUCCGGUGCAAAAAUCAACAUAUCAGACGGAUCCUGUCCGGAGCGGAUCGUUACGGUAUCCGGUUCCAGAAGUGCUAUCUACAAAGCCUUUACGCUGAUCACAAAGAAGUUCGAGGAGUGGUGUUCACAGUUCCAAGACAAUACUAAUGCACAGGGUAAAACACAGAUUCCAAUCCGCUUAAUAGUACCAGCUAGUCAGUGUGGUUCUUUGAUUGGAAAGGGUGGCUCCAAAAUCAAGGAGAUUCGUGAAAUUACAGGGUGCUCCAUCCAGGUCGCUAGUGAAAUGUUGCCAAAUUCGACGGAACGGGCCGUGACGCUUAGUGGUUCGGCGGACUCGAUCACACAAUGCAUCUACCACAUUUGCUGCGUUAUGCUGGAGUCGCCACCGAAAGGGGCCACCAUCCCGUACCGGCCAAAGCCACAGAUGAAUGGACCCGUUAUAGUAGCAAACGGUCAGGCGUACACCAUCCAGGGCAAUUACGCCGUACCAGCACAGGAGACCUGCACAGUAUUUCCACUAGCCAUAGCCGGUGGCUUGCAUGCGGCAGGCAUCUCGGGUUUAGCCGAUCCAUUACUAAAAGGAACACAUCUACAAGGAGCGAUUCCUCCACAUCAUCUACAACCGAUACCUGAUGUUGCUGGACUCGCCAAAAACCCGCUGGCAGGACUGGCUGCGCUCGGACUCGCCGGUACUAUUCCGACCAACACGGGUGGACUGAACCCAACAGGUGAGUUGGUUUCUCCUCCAUCUGUCGCAUCACCCAUAGCACUUGCCGCCUUGGCUGGAUCACAGCUGCGGACCAACAACAACCGUAACGUGACUCAGCUUCAGUCCCAGUCCCACGAGAUGACAGUGCCAAAUGAUCUGAUCGGAUGCAUCAUCGGCAAGGGUGGCACCAAGAUUGCCGAAAUCCGUCAGAUCUCCGGUGCGAUGAUUCGCAUCUCCAACUGUGAGGAGCGCGACAGUGGCAACACUGACCGGACCAUCACCAUUACCGGCAACCCGGACUCGGUGGCUCUGGCGCAAUAUCUGAUCAACAUGAGAAUUUCGAUGGAAACUGCCGGCCUGCCGAUCCCAGGCUAUCACUACAUCGCCCCGAACCACAUCGUGAAAGCGCCCAUCCAUUAGGUGGCUUCCAGCUGCGCAGUGCUUCCAUCUGCCGCCAUCCAUCUCUGCUAAUUUCUUAGCCGGAAGAUCUCAGCCAAGUGGAAACCGCUGACGGGAUCCACAGCAAACUAGGUUUAGAUUGUCUGCUGCGACUGCUGCUGGUUCGCGAUGGAGAGGACGCCACUGCGCCAAAGAACAGAAUUUCCGGAAAAAAAACAAGAAACAGAAAUGCCCCACCUCCGGAGUCCGGACUUGAGACUGCUUCUCUGUGUGCGCGUUUAAUUUUUUUAGUUGUGUAAAGGACGCGAAAGACAGCCAAACAUGAAUGCAAUGUUUCGUUUUUAUUACGUUUAGAUUUUAAUUACUAACCGAUACGCUAGGUUCUAUCGCUAGAUUUUAAUGCGUUUGUUGACAUGUUUCUGCGUAUACUCUUUUCUAAGGCUCUAUAAACAUAAACGGUGAACGAGUGAACAGAUGAACGGCGAGCGAUUUUUAAUUUUUAACACAGCUAUUGCAGCAGCCAAAGGUGACAAAAAUGUGAUGGAAAGACGUAUUAUGAAGCAGAUCGAGAAAACUUUGUGGGAAAUCCAGCGAAAGUGAACCUGUAUUGAGUUACGGAAAAUAAUCAAUGACAAUGACGGUAGUGCACCGGGCUAGACAAUGACCCGCGAACACAAUCGCGGCGAACGAGAUACACAGUGUAACAAAGCUGGAGUAGCUGGAGCUUUUGUAGACCGAAAAACAAACCGCAAUUUCGAUGCAGAAUCAUGUCAUUUUGGCGAAGCUAUUGAAAAUUAAAAUAAUACUGUUCACAGUACAGAGUAAAAGUCGUUACAAAAUAAUAACAGCGGGGACUUGAAGCAGGUAGAACAAAAAUAAAAGUUCUGCUUGUAGUGGAAAAUCCGGCAAACGUUGAAUCACGCGAAGUAGCGGAGGAAACAGUAAAAUCGUCAAAGAGCUUAACAUUCAACUAUAGAGAUUGAAUACUCCCAUAUUUAUCCAUCAGUGGCUGGUCCUACUCCGAAGCCCGGUAAUGGUCAGGGUGGACGAUGCGAAACAGCUGUGCGCCGUCAGCAGCAUCGAAAUAUAGCAAAAAAUAAAAAUGAUAGAUGCUUCAAAAGCGAACCUUUUAUCCGUUCGUACGUUUGUUUGCGCGUUUUUAUCUCGAUUCUGGCUUCGCCAAUUAUUGCGUUUUAUGAUAAUUUAUUGUUUUGUUCGAUUUAAUGCUUGAAGAGUAGAUCGAAUGGAAAGUGAAAAAAAAAAUCUCGCCUCGUUAGUUUACUGGCUUUCAAAAAGCGACACGUACUACUAGGCUAUUAUUGCUGUUAUCAUUAUCAACUACUACAGGGAGGCGAUCCUGCACGGAAGAAAGGAAGCUUUGUGAAAGUUUAGUUUGCAAUCAAAAUUAUUCACUAUUGUAGAAGCGCUUGACAGUCGGCUUAAGUUUAGUAGUGUUUAGUAGUUCAUUGAAAGUAUUCAAGACAAAGUAUACGAUCAAUUCGAGAUGCGCGUUUUCAGCGAGGAAGUAAUACACAAGUAGGGAAUCGUGAAAUUUACAUAUUUAUCGUACAUAUCGUUAUUUCAGACAAAGAAAAAAAGGGGAAACAAGUAUCAAUUGAUCGUUCGCCUUGAUGCGGUGUACGUUCAGCAGGCAGUGAGCGCACCAAAUCGAGCAGCGAUGUUAGGCAAAAGUUCUGUAAUAUGCAAAAAGAAAACAUAUCGUUGCAUUCUAUCAACACACAUCUCUAUAGGUUAAUCGGAGGGAAAGAAAGGAACAGGAUUGGUCACUCAACCGCUUGGACCCGUCAUCGUAAUAAUAUCAGUAAGCGUAGAGCAUAAAGUAUUCUGCGUGUGGGUUAGUAAUUUGGGGCGAAAUUUGCAGAUUGCGACGUGUUGCUUCGGUAAAGGGUAAACUAAAUGGAGUUAUCAAGUUUGGCGCUUAAGUUUUUGGUGCAAAGCGCGUAUUUUGAUCAAGAGCGAAUCCUUCAGACUCCGUUGUUUUCAAAUGAUUAUUAAAGCUAUUGAAGACAGUUCUCUUAAAAGGGUACUAACAUGAAAGAUAAAAUUUUGCUUCUAGGAAUGAACAGGCUGGCAUUCGCAAAUGCUAUACCCCGUUUUUGCAACUUAGAAAUAAUAGAAAACAUCUGGAAAUUCAACGAUAAAAAGGUGAUAAAUUUUUCUACUUUGACAUUAUAGGUUGACUUUGUCAUUUGAAAAAAAAAAAACCAUAGAAACAAAGACAAAUUUGCUCAUCGGUUUUCGCAGAAGAGUUUGAGCUUUGAAAACAUUGAACAGUACAUACACGGAAACAUAGAACAACCUCGAUGGUGUUUUCCCAUAAUCAGUAUUGUCUUGGCUUGCUUUCGACCAAUACGCUAGUUUCUUUGUGCAAUGUUGUCGUGAAAGUGCGUUGAUUUUUUGUGAUAUUUAAAAACAGAAAAACAUAAAGCUAAACUAAUGCCCUAUUCACAAUCCAUGCUUUGAUUAAGAUCAAAACCAUGAAAGAGUUUUAGUACCCUAUUACAUUCGAGGGAAUGAUCUGAUGAAUAAAUUAUCCUGGGAUACCAGAUGUGGCUAUAUCUCUGCAAAAACACAGUUUUUUCGAGUCCGUGCGCAGAUUUUUAUUGAUUUGCAGACAUUUGCUGUUUGCUGUUGAGUUACAAACAAGCUUCGUUUCGCUCAUUUUGAUCUUAAAGAGAAUACAAAUUUCUCCACUCCUAACUGUGAGCCAACAUUCAAUGUGCAUCAUACCAUCUGCUGCUGAGAGAAUGAAGAGUAAUAGUUUCUCUGACGCAUAAACGCUCUUAAUUCGACAGAGCAUAGGUCCAAUGAACCUCUUGUAAAAAGCUCACUCGCACACGCAGUGAAAUGAUUCGCUCAGUUAACAUCUGAGAAUUACGUUACUGUUCUCAUCGCCCUGUAAUGCGUCAAAAACAGUGUAAAAUCGAAUGUUCUGCAGAAUACGUACCCAUGGUGAAUUCUAAAUUUUUCUAUAAUAUCAAAUUCAAAAUUUGUUAGGAUGUGGCCUCGAUGUAAACUUACAUAUUUUGUUCUUUGGUCAACUCCUCACUUAGUAACUGAGAAGCUAAUGAAAACUGUUCCCUUUUAAACUGAGAGAGAAAACAUUCGUUUACCCCUCGCACAUGAUGAUUUUAAGCGAAAUUGAACUCUGCGACUGCAUUGCUCUACGACUAAGACAAUCUGUGUGAGAGAAAGUCUAAUUCUCCCAGACGGUUGACAAGUACAGGAGAUAAUGUGGACAAAAAUCAAGAGAAUGGAUGAAACCUGGUUAUAAAGUAAUUACUUCUUAUUACUAGAGUUAUACAGCAUAUAACUUUAUUAAUAUCAGUUGAUAUUUUGCUGAAGGGGAUGCAAAUGAAAUAAAUAUAUCAUCAGGCUGCAAAUAUAAAACAAUUGGUUUGUAAUAUAAUGCAGCUCGUUACCUUUGCGAAAUAUACUUUGUCAAGUGACUGAAUUGCAUCUAGGAAUAUGAGAUUUGUCUGCAAAACACAAACCUUUGAUGUUCGUGUGCGGAUAAUGCCCAGUAUGCAGUUUUUUUUGGUCCACAGGCGUUCUUGGGUUUUGAAGCAGCUGGAAACAAAGUUUGUUAGUCAUUUUCAAUUGAAAAUCGUCAUGCGUUAGUUAUUGAUCAAAGUGCCAGAUGUUUUUGAAAGAUGUCUGCAACUGCUCGAAAAAUCGGAGAAAUCUGCUAGAAUUCAAGAAAAUAACACUCCUUGAUUCGAAAAAGAAAUAAUGAGACUGUUUCUGAGACACGACCGCAAGAUCAACGUAGAGUUACGACAGCCUGUUUUAUGUCAAUGUAUUUUUUGCAAUAGUUUAGUUUUCCGAAUAGCAGGAGUAACAAUCUUGUGUUUCAAAAUGGCGUCUGGAGUUCGAUUUCCGGCCUUACUGCAUCAUCUCGAAUCCAAAUAUACUCAUAUUGGUAUUCGCUGUUAGACUCUUUCCCAGGAACCGGAAAAUACUAUCUUGAAUUUCAAAAUGACACCUACUGUUUUCCGUAAAGCCGGAAGUCAAAAUCUUUUAUUCCAAAAACCAUCUAGGGUUCAUAUUUGAUUUCAGGGAAUCAUCUCGAAUACGAAAACACCUACGCUGGGUUUUUCCGGGCAUUCUAGACCAUUUUCCAGAAACCGGAAGUCAUCAUCUGGAACUUCGAAAUGGCGGCUGGAGCUGGUUUUCGGACUCUGGGCACCUUUACGAUUACAUAAAUACCAACAUUGCACACUGGGAAAAAAUGAACCCAAAUUCCCACUAAUUAGAAACGGCUGACAACCUGAAAUAUAGCAUUUCUUAUGUAAAAUUGGUCAAAAAACGAUUGGUGAUAUUUUCAUUCUGUGCAGGACACGGAAAAAGAUCUAUAUUUCCAAAAAUACGCAAAAAUAGGGUGAAAAGGGGCGAAAAAGAUCAUUUCCUUACCCUGCACAGGAUGAAACUAGCAUCAAUCGAUUUAUUAACCAAUUUUACAUAAUAAAUGCUAUAUUUCAGGUUGCCAGCCCAGCGGCUUCUAAUUAGUGGGAAUUUGGGUUCAUUUUUUCCCAGUGUGCAAAGAUUCACUUAUGCUGUUUUCUAGGAACUGGAUGUUGCAACCAUGAAAUAAAAAAUUGCGUCUGAGGUCGAUUUGAGGGUUAUGGUCAUCAUUCUGAUUCUGGAAGUCUCAUAUUAGGUGGUUUUUGGUCACUUUUGAUUGUUUACAGAAACCGUAAUUUACCAUCUUCGAGUUCGGAACGGCAUCUGAAGUUAUUACCUGAUUUCUGAGUAUCAUUCUAGCUCCGGAAGUAUCCUUAUAAAGUGGUUUUUGUUUUUUUCCUGGAAACCGAAAUACUCAUAUUAGGUGGUGUUCGACUGUUUUAGCUGUUCUCCAGAAACCGGAAGUCACCAUUCUAUAUUCGAAAAUGACAUCUGGAAUUGAUUUCAGGUUUCUGGGUAUCAUUCCAGUUCCAGAAAUAUCCAUGUUGGGUCAUAUUGGCCACUAUUUUCCGGAAACCGGAAGUCACAAUGCUGCAUUUCAAAAUAGCAUAUAAAGUUGAUUUUCGGCCUCAGGGCAUCAUUUCGAACCCGCAAAAAACAUAUUAAAUGGUAUUCGGCAAUUUUAUCUAAUUUUCCAAAAACCGGAAAUUACCGUGUUUAAUUUCAAAAUGACAUCUUAAGUUGAUUUCCGGGUUCUUAUCAUUCUUAUUCCAGAAAUAUCCAAAUGAGUUGAUAUUUAGCCAUUUUAGCCCGUUUUAGAGAAACCGGAAGUAACUAUCCUAAAUUUCAAAAUGAUGUCUAGUACCGAUUUCUGAACUCAGAGUAUCAUCGCGGUUCCGAAAAUACUCAUAUUGACCUUGUUUUCAGCUGUGAUUGAUCAAAAUUUUUGAAUAGUACAAUUUUUCGCAUGUUGAUGGUCGCUCAACUUAUUUUCCAAUCCAUUGCUGCAACAAUGAGGAAAAUUCCGUGAAACCUGAGCUAUUAUCAUUUGAAAUUGGACAGUUUUCGUGGCACCCUAUCCCAAUGUGUUACCGUAAGACGUAAUUCUACGUCAAAAACUGCAAACAAAAUUGAAACACAUUUUAGGAAAGUCUGCAUAAAUAUAGGGAGACUCUGACAAAAGUUUGUACACGGAAACUCUGCGUUUUCAGACAAAUCUGUACAUCUGGUAUCCCUGCUAAUAUUGCUUAUUGCUUUGACUACUGGAUUUUCAGCUCACUUCUUCAAGCACAGCUUGAAUCUGUGCAUUGUUGUUGCCAGAAAAAAAUUAAGUAACACUAAUAUACUUCCUUCGGAAUCCGAUUGAUUCAAACUCUAACUAAUUUUUCUUAAAUGCUCAAUCAAGAGUGGAAUUAAUUGCACGUAUUGCGUUACACUUAUUAGAUGUCCGUUCAUGAAUACAUUAUUACAACCACAAACAAUUUUUUUUAAAUUUCCAACAAUUUCAUAAUUUGUUUUUUUUUUCUAAUAAUGUGUUUUGGCAGCACUGCCGCACACGAAUGAAAGCAAGCUGUCAAAAAGUAUGGUGGGUGAUGGUAAAUUCGUUUUUGCAGUGUAGCCACACUCGUGUUACACUUUUUACCUUGUAAGGCGUCGUACACAAAUUACGUAACGCUAGAAAUCUAGAUUUCAGACCCCCUCCCUCCCCUAUGUAACGAUAAGUAACGUUCGAUAUGACUCCCCCCCUAAAAUUACGUAACGCUGAACAGUCUGGCCCCCUUCCGAAACUUUCAAUUUCGAGCAAACAUUACAGUUACGUAACUGUCUCUAUUACCCCCUCUCCCCCCUACGUAACAAUAAGUAACGCAGACGCAACCCCCCUCCCCCCCUUCAUGCGUUACGUAAUUUGUGUACGACGCCUAACUCCGGGAACGGUGUAGUACCGUCGCGAAAACGAAUUCAUAAGUGUCAAUGAGCACUUUGAUGUGCAUCACUUCUAUGUUGUUGCACUUUUAAACUCUGCAGUCCAUUUUGGUGGCAUCUUGCAUUGAUUUUUGACAGUUGAAGUGCUUGAAAAGGGAACGAAUGACUUUCAGCAAAAAUGUUCAGCGUCUUUUUUAUGCAAGCAGCAAGCUUGCAAGCAGACAAAUAUAAUAAACGAUGUAAAUUUAAUAAUACAAAACGAAAAGUAGUAAUUUGAACCAAGUAGCUAUUCUAUUUUCAAAAUUAUUUAUUAAAUUCACCAAUUACCUGCGGAAAUUUGGAAAUUUAGAACUCGUGAGGUUUAAAAAUAUUUAAUGAAACUAUCAAGAGUACGGAAAUUUGUGGCGAUGGGAAUAGAGGGGCCAACCUUAUAGAAAUAUUGAAGGAGCAAAAUGAUACUUUACCCCUCGGAAACAUUAUUGACGGGAUGGGUGCCUGAAUUGUUUUGUCCCCUCAAAAUUGUUGCUGUGUCAACCUAUUUGAAUCGUGUGAAAUGCAGCAACAAAAGCAUCACUAGACGACUCUGUCAAUAAAUCAUUGCAUGGAGCAACUUAAUCUCACUUUUAUGGCCGUUUAGGAAGCAAGGAGUUAGAAUUUGGAGCGGAAAAUCGAGAUUUUUUUGUUUUUACUAAGAUUGUUAGAACUUCAUUAAAAACUACACGAAAAAUCAGUAGUAGUCAACACAUUUUGACUGCAGUAGCGCAAUCCCCAAAAGUAUUAGAAAAUAAACAAAAGGUUCGACUCUUUUGGAACAGCUGAGUUCGAACAGCGAGCUCCCUGAGCUGUUAAAAUCCCAUUGAUGACGUCGUCCUAAGGUAAUCUAUAACAGUCAUGGAAAAUUAAAUAAAAACAUGUUGACUUGAAUUUUAAACGCAAACUUCUUGCUAAAUAUAUUAGUGUAAAGCAAAAUUUUCUUCUAUAAGCAAUAACUUUUAUCGGGAAUUGUUAUUGACUGAGCAAUUCUCGCUGAAACCAUCCCACUGUGACACGAAUUCUUUUAAAAAGGAUAUUUUCGUGUCUAAAUAACACAUGGGUAAAUGACUGAAAGUACUUAAAAAUUGAGAAACCAUUCUUUAGUUGGGUUGUAUUCAUGGACCCCUCGGGCACCAAGUUGUCAGAGGGUUUUUAAAAAAAGCUGUAUUUUGAGCAAUUCUUGAUCUUUUACAGCACGUCGUUCGUAGUCGGAAUGCUGGAGUUUUCACUUGAAGUACAAAAAAAUGGCUGCCAUCUUGAAUAAAAAGCAAGUUCACAACCACCAAUUUUAAAUUUGACACCGCCAUUGACAUGCUGAGAAAAAAUGUACUUUACAUUCAUAAAAUUUGGUGAGCAGCGAGUUCACCUUGUCAUUCAAAUCAUUUUUCGAAAUCGAGUUUUGAGCAGCUCAACGCGCGGCCAAUAUCAAAGCAACGCAAUAUACUGAGCCUGUCGUGUGUGUAUGAUGUGGACAGUCAGUAUCCACAGUUUAUGAGUUUAAAGUUGAAUAAUUAUAGUAUACCCUUACCGGUCAGGAUUUAGGAACGACCUGUACAUAAUGGGGCUUAUUACGGAUGUCACCUCACGGUGAGAACGAAGUGAAAAAAUCUCACGGUGAAAAAAGACGCGUGCAAAUCAAACGGGAAUCACUUCCACCGUGCCUAUUACGGUUGUCAUUUCACCGUGAAGUGACUCCCGUAAUAAGCCCCAAUUUCUUGUAUAUGUCAAAUAUUUCAAUACCUUGUCGUAUCAUACUCAUUUUAGUGUACCUAAAAUUGAAGUCUUUUAAGAAAAGAUAUUAUUUCGAUAUAAUUUUUUCUAUUGAGAGCGACCUAAUUAAUUGAAACAACGAUGAUUAUCAUUUGAAGUCACUAUUAUGACUCAAAGGUAAAAGAGUCAAAAGGUUUUCAUGAAAGCUUUAAAAUCAAAUUUUACCCAGUUGUGAGCGUUCAGCAAUCUUCAAAAAACAGCCCCUGCAAAAUACUAAACCUUCACUCACACCAUGUUAGAUAUUUGCCAAAUUAGCUACGAUCAAUCAUCAGCCGUGAAAAAAACAGCAGAACAGAAAUAGAAAACAAAACAAAAAUAGUAUGUUUUAGUGAAAUAUUAACACCGCAAGUCGCAAGUGCCAAGUUGAUGUAGAAUAAUGGGCAUAACUAGCACCCUGCAAACAAUGUGUGCGUAUGUGCGUACCACCCAUGGCCCGAUAAAUCACCGAGUAGAGCAACAACAGCAAAGAGCCAAACACUGUACAGAGCCAUUAGUAUCUUCCCAGCGGUAGCGCCACGAGCAGUUUGCACCGGUAUACAUACACAAUCACACCCAUACACAGUAUUACACCGGGCCGGGAAAAUAAUGACGCAACCGUAAAAUAACAAGAACAGCAAAGAAAAAAUGCUUCAAACUUGCAGCAAGGGGGAACGUGUAUCAUCAUGGCAAAAACGAUAAUUAAUAUACAUAGCUAGCAGGAAGGUAAUAAAACACUUUGUGCUCCAACCCGCUUGGCUGAGUUCACGCAAAACCGCAAUGUUUGGGGCCGUUCAGAGAAAACAUUAGCGCAUCACCGUAGGAGUCAGAGGCUCGCCUCCUUAGAGGAGCAUUUAAGCGAGCUGAAGAAAGGACUUAGAAUGAAAAAAGCGUUAUAUAUUUUGUAUAACUUAUUUAAGAUUCUAAACGAAGCGAAUGAGAAUUAAAUGAUAGAAAAGUCUUUUGUGAAAGCUUAUUAGCGCAUCAUGGUAAGAAAUAAAUUAAAACAAAAGCUAACAAACACAAACAGGGUGAACAAGUGAAAAAAAGGAAACAAUUCAUUCGCCAGUCGCAAAAUAAUUGAUUACUCGAUUAGAGAGAAAGUUCUCUUCUCUCAGUAGACGCUGCCCCAAGAGAAAGUACAUAUAAUAACAAAUAUUAGUAAAAAGCUCAAGUAGAUCGAAUUUAUUUAACCCUAAAGACUAUCAAGUUUUACCUUUAAUCAUACCCUUUAAUGAAAGUAUAGAAAUACAAAAAUACACACCUACACACAAUGACGCAGUCCCGCAUUCACUGCUACUGUAUAUCAACUAGUGUUUAAUAAGGAGGAGGAGGAGGAAAACAAUACAUAUUACAAGCAACAGGUUGGCUAGAGCGAUUUUUCUAUCAUAUUCCCACAUAUCAUAAUAAGAGUCUAUGUGUGUCCCUUUUUCCCGAAACUACUUUCACCACACCCACACGCACUCGAUGCAUCACACUGUACAGACAGCCGAAAAACUGAGAAGAAAAAAAAGGAAACAAAAACAAAACAUAAAAGUAAAGCAAAACCAGAGCAAACUGACGUAAAGCAGGAGAACAAUACUCAUCUUACCUGAUGACGUAGAAGAAAAAUGACAAAGACGACGACAGAGAAGAAUAAUUCCAUUUGGUUUCGUAAGAACAAAUAAUAGAUCGUAAUAAUAAAAUUUAAAGUAAUGAUAUAAUAAAAAUGUUGUACAAAGUAAGCAAAUGAACAAAACAAAAAAAGGCUAACAAAAUUUCGCGUAUAGCAAAAAAAGAACAAUACAGAAAAGUACGGCAUCACAGAGCCAUAGUAGACUAGCGAAAUUAUCUGAAAAAUCAACACGCAGAAUAUUGGUCACACAAUUGUGUAGCCGCUGCAUGUCAGCGAAACAAAAUGUCAAAAUUUUAAUCCUCGAACCCGCAAGCAUUCUGCUAGCCCGUGAUACUGCAUCUCAUUCGGCUCGGGAGUCAGUCGAGAAGCCGAUUUGGAAUCUUCUUUUUUUCCGCAGCAUGUUAAUAAAGUUUUGUUGAGACCGCGUUUUCCACCGCAAGGUGAAUUCAAAAAUAUUAUGGAUGGAAAGUUCGGUUUCGCUCACGGGAAGAAAACGUUUGCUGGUGAAUGAAGCUCAAAUUCGUUUUUUUUUGUGAAUAAUAUACUGAAGCUGUUUCAAUCAAUCGGUGUAUUGUAGCAAACAGUAACUAUCUGGAUGGAUUAUGGAAAAAGCUAAAAUGUAGUCAACAAGCUGGUAAUUAGAUUUAAUUAAAACAUGCGCACCUUUGGUGUGCCAUUAUCAGUACGAGCGCAGACAGAACGUCACUCGGAAUGGGGCGUAGGUUGGAUGUUUUUAUCAAUUAGUGCGGGAAAUAUGUGCCUGGUAAUGAAGUUAUACCCAUUACCGUGAUAUAGUGCUCUCCGGGUGGCUAAGUGCGUGGGUGGUUGCGUUUUUCGCUUGUCCAGGCUUUUCAGCCACGGCGCAGUACGCACCGGCCCAGGAGGUCUGUGCGAAGCUGUAAUGAUUGUUGACGUUAGAUGGAAAGGUGGCGAAAAAGAAAGUUAAUGCAAAUGGGUACCUGAAACUUCGUGGGCGGCUGCUGAAGUUGAAGUCAGUGUUACAGUUGAUGGAAUAUUACGUCGGUUUCAUUACUGGACGUAGUUUUGGUGUUCGAAAGUUAUUAAAUAAACUUGUGAAAAAAUUCCUCUUCAUUCUCUACAAAGUGGGUUUUUAACCGAGAUGAAUAUUUCUAACAAACUGCUUAUUCACAACAUUUUUUCUUCAUCCUUAGCAAAACAACUUUUGAUCGCUAGAUGAAAAAAGUUUACCAUUCGCCUUCUAGUGUAGAAAAUAAAAACUUCUAGAAAGAAAAACUGCAAAUGUUACAUUGCUUUAAUCGGCAUCGCCGAAAUUUCACCUUUUCUGAUGAUGUUUUAGAAAAGUUGGCUAGCGAUUUUGGUUGUAAAAACCAAACGUUCCCGCUAGGUGCGCAUGAAGGCUAUGAAUAUGGGAAAAAACCCAAUAAAUCAUCCAUUAACUUUACCCGCUUUCAAUUAUCGGCAGCACUCUCAGCUCAACCACUGGCCCACUAAACCAGUCUUCAGAAGAGACCUCUAGGCUAAAAAAUACACGAACUUGAGAGAAGCUUCUUCAUUGUAAUUUCAAUUUCAAAACAAAAUUCACCAGAGUAGACACCGUCAAAAUAUAAGAAAAAACAGCUGCUUUUAGUUGGCAAGCACAAAAAAAAAAACAACCAGCAACGUUUACUUACUGUAGCGAAACAGAAUCGAAGCAAUCGGAAAUAAAUUUACGUCGCAAAUUGUCACCGCAGUUCGAUGCCAGCUGAUGCACCGUGCAAUCUGUCAAACGAGCGUUACAUUGUCACCCGCGUGCAAGCUGUGCUUUCAGUUUGCUUCGUACGAAACCGUUACGAGCGAUAUCAAUCACUUGCACACUCUCUCGCCCUUCACACCCACAACUGUUGUACUGUCUCUGUUCGCGUUCGGCUCAUCGCGAAAUCCGAGGAAUGAGGGGCAACGGGAAAGUAAACACAGCUUAUGUGUGUUAAGUUACGUUAUCGUAAUAGGAAGAAAAUCUCAUAGAUGAUAAGAUUGCUAUAUGCGCAUUAAAGAUACAAUCGAGGAUUAAUAGGACAAAAAUGACUUAAGAGUUAAGACACGAAAAAACGGAAAAAGGGAUCAACAACCAAAGAAAUAAUCUUUACUAUAUUAAACAAGCGAGAAAACACACACACACAUAUGUAGACAAGUGUAUCGAAGGGUGAAAACAAAAGAACAGGGGUAUCACAUGGAUAUUUCUGGUGAAGACAUAAAACAUUGAAGAUAAAAUAAAUGUAUAAUUUUUAGAACUUUAUAUUUAAAAAUCUUAUAUACAGCACUUGCAAGAAAAAAACGGAAAAAGCAGUAAAAUGUAAAACUCACAUUGCGACUGCCAAUUUGCAGCGUGAAAUCCUUACAUUUAAACAAAAAAAAAUUAAUUCAACGUUUUAUGUUCGUAUUACAGUUAUAAAACAAAAUGGUUAAGGGAUAAGCUUCGUUCAAUGGUAUAGGCAAAGUAGACAGUGACAAAAACCAAUUACAGUUUUCAUUAACAAGCAACGUAAGCAGUUUUGAAUUUUUCAUAGUUAGGGAAGUGAUUUCUUCGGUUAACGUUCAACUCUUUCAGUUUUCUUUUAACUUAUUGAUAGAUGCGUCGUUUUCAUUGUUGCCACUAGUUUGUACGGGUUUUUCCCUCUAAUUUGUUGAACAGCGAUUCGUACGACGGCAGAAACAGGGCAGCAUACUCUCGACAAGACGGGAGCAAAGGGGAAGAAAUAAACUGAAUGGAAAAGCUAAGGGUAAAGAAUUCAAGGGUGCAAAAAAAUUGGAAACAAAACUGCUGAGAGAGAUAUAAUUAAGUGAGUAGACAGAAAGACAUGUGAUGAAUUUUUAUUGUAAAAGUCAUUCAUUUCGUUUUUCGCUAGAACGCAUAAAGGGCUGUGAUUUUAGUGGUAGAAAAUUUGUUGUUUAAAGAUGGAGUAAAUUUUGUUUAUGACUCGAAUUAUAGAAGAAAGAAAAACAAGCAAAACGUGGAACAACUAACGCUAACAAAAAAGAGAAAUAUUAAGAAAUUAUUUUUAAAGAAAGAGGAAUAAAAGACAAAAACGGGCCCGGCCUGUCUUCGGCAAUGGGACAGGGAAUUUGGGCCGCGUUUAGAACUAAGGUGCUCUUAUGACUAAAAAAAAACUGAACUACUUAAAAGUGCAAAUAUUUCUUCACCAAAAAAACAACCACACACUUCUUCUGCAGCGUGUUACAGCCAAAAAUUCCACAAUCGAAUAUCCAGGCCACGCCGACACUGUCCGAGAACUAUUAAAACAAUCAAAGCCGCCGCCGCCGCCGUUGCCCGCGCCGCCAAGCCAAGCAAUAUCUUUAGAGAAAAAAAAAACAAAAUUUUAAGCAAAAUGGCAAUCAAAGAGUCAAAAAACAUUGUUUGUUAACACACAUCUAAACCACGUCCCUUUAUGUGUAUUUUCAAAUGCUUUUACUAUUUUUGAGUUUUUUGCUUACUGUUUUGUGUUUUGCGAAAAGUUUGUUAUUAUUCGUUACAUUCUCUAAAAAAAAAGAAAAAAAAACUCAGUUCUCUAGUUUCGUUUCUAAACCCUAGCGUUCGUAACAAAACUUUUCGACACAACUAAGGUAGCAAGUAAUCACUUCGUAAAUAAGACGACGGGAAAACAGCCCUAAGAAGAAAAAAAAGAAAGUAACAAAAACAAAACACACGACAAACGUGUUUCGAAUCAAUCUGAAGCAAAUAAUAUGCGAAACAAUAAUUUAGAGGUCUUCCCAGUUUCUGACCGCUUUGGAAAAUUUCCGGUUUGUCAGUGUGCCGAACUCAAGCCAAAUUUUCUCGAACGAAGCGAAAAUACGCAUACAACGUAAUGUUUAUAGUUUGUCAUGUACUCACGUUAAUUAGAUUUUGAGAAUACACUCACACCAGCAAAAUAGCAAAUACAAUCACUCACAUUUUGAAUAUUCACACAACAGACAAGCCCAGCACUUGGCGUAGUAUAAUCGUAUGUGUUUGUUUACCACCCGUUUCCCCUUCCCAGUUAGAAAGCGAAAGCCCGGCUAUCGUUUACACUGCGAUGUAGAAUAACCUUUGAAACAAGCAAACAAAAAAAAUAUCAUCUUUACAUAUAAUCUUUCCCUCUUGUAAUGCAAAUGGAAAAGAAACAAAAUGUAAUAUUAACAAGAAAGAUAAACAAAACAUAAAAAACCGUGUGCCAAAUUUAAGUGAAAUAAUAAAACUAUAAUCAUCUCUUAGAACUGCUUAUUGUUUACAAGCAAACAUAAAAACAAAACAAAAUGUAAACUGAAAAAAAAUCUAGUUUGUUAAUGUUUAGUGAAACUUGAGAUUGAAGUUAGUUCUUUUUAUAUGAAAUAAAACAAUUAUUAUUAACUAGUAAUUAAACAUGAAAAAAAAAAACAGAACAUGAAAGGGACUAAUAUCAAGCCCCAUAGCGAUGGAAAGAGGGUAGAAGAAACGUAUGAAAAACAGAGAAAAUUAUUGCUCAUUUUUUGCUUAUUUAUAAUCGCCGUAGGAUGCCGAAAUCUGUUUCCGCGAAAACAUUUACACACCUGCGGUUACACGCGCAUAUUGAGACGUUCGCAUAGCAACCAGAGUCAUACACAAAAUACACUCUCACUCACACACAACACACACACACACAAAAACACAAACAUAUAUAUAUAUAUACACAUGUACUCAAGUGUAGUAAUUUAGAAACAAAAUUGCAUGCAAACUGCUAGAGAAAACUAAACUAACACUAUCUAGAGGAAGGCAAAAUUGAGUAGAAAAUCAAUUCGAAGAAGAAACGUACUAAACGUGGUUCAUAUGAUUUAAAACAAUUGAGACUGAUUUGAUUUCGAAAUUAUCCUAAUCUUACGUUUUUUGGUAAGUUAUAAUUAUUCAAUUGAUCAAUUAAAAAUUGACGGCAUUCAUCAUUCGUACUGAGUUAUUAAUUGGUUUGUUUGUUUGUUUAUUUUUCUUUCGCGGUAAAACAAAGUUUUAAACAUUAUUUUACAUUUGUAAUCAAACUAGUUUAAGUGUCUUGAUAAUUUAGCAAGCAUUAAUUAUACUAUAUACACAUUUUUAAGCAAUUUAUGGAUAGAGAAUAUAAACUUUUUAAUUUUUUAAAACACACGAGCGUUAUUUUUCUUUCUUAUGUCUGUAGCCCACCCUAAGUUGUACUCAGUUGACACCGUUUGAUCGUUUUGUCUCGUUUUGGGUUUGUUUCUUGGCUAGGCCGAAGACCGCAACCAAAGAUUCGUUUCUACCACCUUAUUUUAGGAUGUGAUGUGCGCAGGCGCACCUUUCGCUUGCCAAGUUAUGGCGCGUCGAUAAAGUUCUGUUAGUUGCUUCGUUUAGUAGAUUUUUUUGUGGUUCCAAUGUCUCACCGAAACAAAUUGUAGAAUACUAGGAUAAAAGCUUUUCUCACACACUUCUUAAUAACGAUAAUAAAUAGGGACAAUCCGUAUAGUUUUCUGAUGAGCUACAAUGUUUAGAGCGAAGAUAAAUCGGUAACAUGAACUUGACCUUUAAGGUAUAAAGACGCAAAUCCAAAUAGAAACGUAUAGAUGUGUUACAAGUUAUUUUUCACAAAACUAGUACUUUCGAUAGGAUAGCCAAACACAAGUUCUAGAUAUUUGUCAGUCUUUAUAAUGAAACGUAAACCUAACAAACGGUCAAAGCUAUUUUAUUCAGUGUACCAGUAGAUGUCAUUUUUGCAAUACAUCGCAAACACAAAACAUCAGACUUACACAUCGCAAUCGUACAUUACACAAAUACACAAACACAUACACUUACACAUAUAAACAUCAUACAUACGUACAGUAGAUUUAGGUAGUUUUGAAUCACAUAUAAUUCUCUUGCUAUCCGUUGCGAAGUAAAAAAGCAUACAAGUAACAUGGAAUAAUUUGUCACAUUUAUUACCUUGAGAAAUACGCUGGAUUACAUUGUCAGAAACGGACAGAACUUGCAGUUAAUAAGCAGAAACGUUGUUCAAGUGAGUCGCAUUAUGGAAAAUAUACAAGUGAAUGAAUGAUGAAACAGUAUAUAUAUAUACAUAUAAAAUCUAAUGAAACAAAUGUCAUAAUUUACAAAUGAAGCUUUACAUUUAAUUGUAAUUUUUUAUAUUUAUUAUACAUAUAUACAUAUAUUAGGUGAUGAGUCAGUAAUGAACAAAAACACAAGUAAAUUAGUUACAUAGAAAGUAUAUAAAUAAACAAUACUUAGACCUGAAGUAGCUGCUCAGCAGGAAUAUCGAUUCGAUCAGUAUUAAAAUCACUCACACGUACACUCAGAUACACAAACACAGACAUACGGACAGACGCAUACGCAAGGGAAGAAUGCGAGGCAGCAAGCGUUAAAUGAUUAAUAAUGAAAGGCCCUCAGACAGAAUAGAUUUGUAUUUAGAGUUGACAUAAAAUCUGAUAUAGUGUUAGACUUGAAAGUUUUAUAUAGCAAAGUAUCAUCAUUUAGGACAAAAUAAAACUGACGGUCAAGUGCAGCAAGCGCAUAACUUGCCCCAAUGAAUUACUUACAAAUAUUAGUAAAUUUGCGAACGUCGUUUGAGACUUGAACAACUUCGACGCGAAGUUGCCGACAUAAAAUAAGCGUUUUGGAAACAUUUUGUGACACAAAAAAAAUCAAACCUACAUGUGUUGUCCUGGACGAAAAGAAAACAAAUAAUAAGCUACUACUGAACAAUUAGAAAAUGAAAGCGCCAACUACCGUUGCUGUAGCUAAGCAACAACAGUAAAUAACGUCAACAUCACGAGAAAUAAUACAGGAAUUUUUCUAAGCAGGCCGACAGCUUUUCGUAUUACAAAAAAAAAAACCCAAAAGCAUGCUAGAUUGUAAGUAAAAUGCAAUUUACAACAUUUUUUUUUAUACUUGUUCAUUAUUCGAUUCCACGAUCGUCUGCUUUUAGUCAAGCUGCGAUUUUGAUCAGUACACUUUCUCUGUCUUUCUUGCGCCGUGAAAAUGUUUUUCUCUAUGUCUGCAAAACACGUUGAUAAGGUAAUUUUGCACCCACAUCCAGUUAAAAGAAAAAUCUUACGACACGCUUGUCCACAAAUAUGUACACACAUACAACCAUUCGAGUUUUGAUAAUAAUCCAGGUUCGAAGUUAGUGUUUUAUCACGCUCUCACACUUUCUCUUUCUCUUUUUCUAUUUCGAAAUACCACAUGAAUGGAUGUCGAGUUUAAUUAAAAAAAAAACUUUAAAAUACCGCUAAAGGCACAAAAAAUUAAAACCCAUUAUCGUUAAAUAAAUGUGAUUGAUUCUUAAUAUCGGUAACAGAGAACAACACCUCAACAACACACCUUCAUACAUGUAUGCACUUACACGGUUGACUCCUAUGUCAUGAAAAAAAUAACAAAAAUGUCUGAACCUAUCAAAACCAAAUGUUAUCGAGAAAUCCACAGAUCCUUCCUGCAACCCGCUUUCUACAGGGCCUGCCGAGUUGUGCCCCAGGCCGAUCGUAUCGCUCAUUCGGAGCAACCUGGUUGGAGAGUUUUACAAUACUCAAUUAUCAACAACAGUAAACGGGGUUGACAAAUUAACCAAUAAAUACUACAUUUGUAAUGAAAAGCAAGGCAAUCAUUGAACAAGAGCUUCUUUUUAGGGAAAACUAAAUAUAUCAUUAUCUACGUUUGAUUGAGGCUGACUGCAGAUGAUGAUCCUCCGGACCAAUCGGAAGAGAGAACGUACUACGAAAAAAAAAACGGUUGAUCGGGUGGUUAACAAAUAAAACAUCUACUUUUUCUCUCUCUCUCUCACUCACUUACACAUCCACAAACACCUACUCACAGAAGCACUUGCAAAAAUUUACAUGCUAACACUGCAAUGGAUGAAUAUGCUCAGUUACAGAACGAGAAACACAACCAUAAGAUCCGAAGAAAGAAAAAAAAACAUACAAACAAACAAAAAGAAACAACCGAAGGGUAAUCACGGAGUGGAAGAACAAUUUAUAUGAUGUAUAUUUAUAUUUUGUAAACAAUGGGUACAUAAUUACCGCAAAACAGAUCUAAACGGAAGCAAAUCUAUUGUGUAUUGUUGAAUGGACAAAAGAAAAAAAAUGAUAUCAGUAAUAAAGGAAGGAGAAAAAUG